GAUCGGAGUAUAGAUGGUCACGUGAUUCAGGUGCGGAGAAGGACAAACAACACGCCCGCGUUGAUUUCGUCGCCAGGGUCGCUCCGUGUAUGAUUUUCUAUCGAUAUCUCAUGCUGAUGGCUAUGACUCUACUCUGUCGACCGAGUCGGCCAUCAAGCAGAGCGGGCAAGAAAUUAGUAUGCCACGUCCUACAGAGCCAGCGACUCCGCCGCUUAUCGGAGUCCACUGAUUUCUCAACAUCGUCCCCUGAGGCCCACAGUAAACUCGGGCCAGUCCAGACCGAUUUCCUGAGGUUUGCCCUAACUAGGACUCUGCGGCCUCGAUAUGGGGAGAACUCAAACUCGAAUAUAGAACAGCUUUUGAGAAACAGCUUUAUAGAGGAAUGGGAGACGAGCGCUAUCCCCAUACCACUAUGGAAUCACCGAACAGCGAAAAGCAUAUCUUCCCCUGAGAACACCACUUUCCAACUGAAGCAUGUGCAAAAUAUCCGUGAUAUACAGCGUAUUAUCGAGCAGGAUGUGCACGACAAGACCGCCAGUUUCCUUCUCACAGAUGGGUUUGAUGAUCUUUCUCUUGCCCUCAAGCAAGUCCAGCGAUUCAGCUCUCUCGGAGAGAUACUUUCUUUCAUAAACAUGCUUGAGAUAAGGGUAAAUCAAUCUGGUCCUCAGACUCUCUCGCAGCUUCAUGUUCUCGGGAUGCAAUACGCCUCUCUUGCCUUCUGCGAACCAGCUCUAGAGCAUCACCUACGCGGCUACCUCAGCGUCACUCGCGAGAAUUUGAACCUUAAACAAAGUAUGAGCUUAGUGAGGUCCCUACAGUUCUCGUUUCGGGUCAUAUCCUUUCAGCAUCCAGAUCGGGACGUAAGCCACAUGCGCAGCCUGAUCAAAGAAAGUCCGGGUCUGCAUGAUAUACUUUGCUGGACGGGCAGAAAAAAGGCUUCCAAGGAAAUUGGUGCUUAUAUGGCGCUGCUGGUUCAGAUCCGAGAUGGCACUCUUCACCAGGAACUAUGGGAUGAGCAUCUGGAAGGGACGACUUCAAGCUCGUCUACUUGGCAUUUUGCCUCGGCAUACCAGUACGCCCUAGCACUGGCGAAUGCCGGCAAGGUGUCUGCUGCUCUUACAGCUUUGAAAGAAUUAUCCAAACGCGCCGGUAACUCGCUACCAUAUCUUGUGAAUUUCCAAGGCUUGCACGACAUUCUCCAACAUGACGCUAUUUGCGGAGAUAUACUUUCGCUUGUCAAAGACAGUGACCAACCGAAAAUCCUUGAAGAUCAACUGAUGCGCGUUGAGGAUAGGCUUGGAAUCAAAUGGCAGGCCCGUAAGGAACGCCACAUUGGGCUUUCUGGCCCUCCCGAGAUUGUUGCUAGUGAGCAACCCAUCCUUACCAUGGACGGUGAUAGUCCCGGAUAUGAGAGCAACGAACGCUUGGUUGCAGAAAUAAAGGCCCUUGGUUGUUCUAGAUUCGCGGCUGAUCUCAGCAAGAUCGCGGACUUACUGGAUGAUUAUGAAGGAGAUUUAGUUCGUCUCUAUAUUCCGACCUGGGAUGCCCCAGAUGUCGAGUUCUACUGGGCACCUCAGCGUGCACCAGUUGACUUUUCCGAAACAUGUCCAGCCGAGAGUAUGGACGGCAAGGAAACUGAGCUGGCUCAAGAUCUGGGGUUGAUCAGGGUUGCCGCACCAGAUAAUGAGUUCUUCCUGCAACAUUCGCUACCCCUGAUGAAGCUUGGCUACCUUUUCAGGAGGCCAAAGCCAUCGUCUGAUGGCGAUGACGGCGAUGCAAAUGAGCUUGAAAAGACCGGCUAUAUAGUGGCCUUUGAUCGUCUCGGGGGAUGUUUUAGGGUCGUUCUCGCCGAAGAUUGCAUUGAGCCAGUCGAAGACGCUACCGAGUUCCAGGAGUUUGUUACAGCUGCUGGUACCGAUGCAAUUGCGCAGGUCUACCCUUUGGUAGAGGCAAAAUCCGUCAACUGGCUCGAAGAAUUUUCACUACUAAGAUAUCGAAUCGAACUGGAUGCCAAUCCGAACCUGAUAUAUGACCGUCUUCCUGGCUCUCUGAAGCCCCAGUGGUUACCGCGCGCUAGAGGAGGUCUAGGUAACUAGGUCCCCGAGUUCCCACUCUUGCAUGAUGGUGGAACGAUGUAAACCGCUAUACAUCCACACUAUGGGCCUACCCCAAGUCUUCAGGCACAGUGUGGGAUGUGAAGGAACAACAGCGGCUGUUACAUGUUCUUCAAGAAAGAUAGCCUCCGGAAGUCACUAGAAAUUCUAGAAUCGGGAUUACAAUGCAAAAUGGUUAUCCCCACGGAAUGAAGACCCGCGGGCGUGCUACGGUUGCGCGUUUGUUUAUACCGACUCAUGGACAAUGGACUUUUGGACUAUCCGAUGAGAGCAAGAUUCAGGCGAAGUGAUUGUCAUUCGCAGCUACUUAGCAACCGCUACCUAUCGUCUUCACAUAUAACACUGCAUCCGUCUCCUACUCUCGACCUCCGGGUUCAUCCUCCAGACCUGCAACCAAUCUCACUCCAACCGCUACGUCGGCAGUCAUAAGACGCAUCCGUUUAGCAGACCGUGAGAAUCAAAUCAGUCGUUGCAUCCAGCAUCCGAACCUGACUUCCACGGGGCGGAACGCCCUCCUCCCAGCGAAUGGCGGGCUCGGAAGGCAAGAGGCUCACGAAUUCGCCCAUGAACGGAUCACCAAAGACAUCGGACAGAUCAUACCAGACGAGAUUCUCAACGAGGUUGUACGCAAACACGGUCUGCGGAGCACUGGUGUAGAGCCCGUCUCUGACGGUGGUGAUCUUGAUCGCAAUGCCGCCGGUCUUGGGGUCGCGUCUGAACAGCUCGGAGUAGGUGUGGUUCGGCUGGACCGUGUUCUGCUGGCUGAUGUUCUCACCAACGGACCAGAGGAAGAUGGGGAUGUUGCAGCGGUUGGACACGACGGCGUGGCCGAGGGCGGUCUCGUUGGGAGCCAUCUGCAUGGUCUUCAACUCGGUCAUUUUGGCGGGGUGGUGGCGGUUGUUGGCGCCGAUGCCGAAGGGGGCGGCGAGGGCUGAGGUAAUGGUGAGGAAGUUGGUGAGGUUGAAAUGCAUUUUGGUUGAUUGGAAUGGAGUGGUUUUUUCUUGCUUUAGGGCGGAGUGCUUGUUGUGAAGGUAGUUGUAGAUGUUUCCCACGCUGAAACUUGUCUUGCUUGGUCUGUUCCAGUAUCGUCCAAAUUCAAGGACAUCAACUGCUUCUUUAUACUUGUUCAUUUGCUCAUCCCUUCACAUUUCCCCCCUUUUUGCUGAUUCAAACCCAGGCCACCCUAAACACGUUCCACUUACACCCGCUUCCGACAGCUACGAACAACUUCCCAUCGGGAGGAAAGGUAGUACAUCCGUGAUAGCGAACCGGUCAAGCAAGUCCACCAGCGCAAGCUGGAAGACUUUGUACCAGGCUACACAUCGCUCGAUACAGCUCAACUUACACUGCUAGACCCAGAAACAGCUCUCGGCACCAAGGAGACCCCGGCAAUAUAAUGUCACACAAGUAAAACCGCUCAUCCGGUCCGAGGCCUCAACAAGCAACCAUGAGGAACAGCAAGAUUGCCGGUAGCACAGAGAUGUCCCUGCAUGAACUGCUCCAGGCGUUCUCCUGGCGUGGUCGGGAUAGUGCAGUGCAUAUUGAGUAGGACAAGGUGCGACGAUGAAUAGUCUGGAAAUUGAGAG